AUGACCGAGCAAGGGGACAAGCGCCGUCGUGGAUCGUCAUCGUCGCCUUCGUCUUUGCAAAGUAUGUUGUCGUCCGCGGACGAGGAGGAAGCACCGCCAGCCGAUCAUGAACGUGUAGACCUCUGGCAACAAACUUUGCAGGCGGCGGUAGCAGCUUCCUCCGGACAAGAUGCCACCAAGAAACGACCACAACAACGAAAACCACUUCGUCAAGCGAAUGUUGUUGAAAGAUCCGAACGCUCCUUGUUGUGUCUUUCGCUGAACAAUCCAAUCAGGAAGAUAUGUAUCGCUGUAGUGGAAUGGAGGCCAUUCGAAUAUCUUAUAUUAUUAAUGAUAUGUGCCAAUUGUAUAGCAUUAGCCGUUUACCAGCCGUACCCUGCUCAGGAUUCGGAUUCAAAGAAUACUAUUUUAGAACAAAUCGAAUACUUGUUUAUUGUUGUGUUUACGAUCGAAUGUAUUUUGAAAGUGGUAGCGCUAGGCUUCAUUUGUCAUCCUGGUGCCUAUCUUCGGAACAUGUGGAAUUUUCUCGAUUUUAUUAUCGUCGUAAUUGGCUUGGUGAGUACGAUUCUAUCGCGUAUGAAUAUCCAGGCGUUCGAUGUGAAAGCGUUACGAGCAUUUCGAGUGCUUCGACCAUUGCGACUGGUAUCUGGCGUACCAAGUUUACAAGUCGUUCUGAACGCCAUCCUUCGAGCGAUGAUACCUCUGCUGCACAUUGCGUUGCUAGUACUAUUUGUAAUUUUGAUCUACGCCAUCAUUGGACUGGAAUUGUUCUGCGGAAAAUUGCAUUCCACAUGUGUGGAUCCUGCCACCGGACAACUAGCACAAAAAGAUCCUACACCAUGCGGUACGGUCGGAUCAGCGUUCCAUUGUGUCCCGUCGGAUGCUUUGUCCGGGAUGGGAGUACAAUGGGAAUGCUCGUCAAAUACCUCCUGGCCUGGCCCAAAUAAUGGAAUCACGAAUUUCGAUAAUUUUGGCCUAGCUAUGCUUACCGUGUUCCAAUGCGUUUCACUAGAAGGAUGGACAGACGUCAUGUACUGGGUUAACGAUGCUGUUGGACGUGAAUGGCCGUGGAUCUACUUCGUAACUCUCGUCAUACUUGGUUCAUUUUUCGUGUUGAACCUCGUAUUGGGUGUGUUAUCCGGAGAAUUUUCCAAAGAGCGAGAGAAAGCUCGAGCAAGAGGCCUCUUCCAGAAAUUUCGAGAAAAACAGCAACUUGAGGAAGAUUUGAAAGGAUACUUGGAUUGGAUCACACAAGCCGAAGACAUCGAUCCGGUGAAUGAUGAACAAGAAGAGGAACCUCAAGCUACAGCAACAGGUGAAGAAGUCGAUGACGAAGGAGAGGAACGAACAGAAGAAACGCGACCAUCAAAAUGGCGGAGCAGAAUGAAACGAUUCGAGAAAACGAAUCGUAGAUGUCGUCGUGCUUGUCGUCGUCUUGUAAAAAGUCAAACUUUUUACUGGCUUGUCAUUCUUCUUGUGUUGCUCAACACACUUGUGCUCACCUCCGAACAUUAUGGGCAAAGCGAAUGGUUGGACGAUUUCCAAACCAUGGCGAACCUCUUCUUCGUGGUCCUCUUCUCGCUAGAAAUGCUUCUAAAAAUGUAUUCGCUUGGUUUCACCACCUACACCACGUCACAGUUCAACAGAUUCGACUGUUUCGUUGUCAUCAGUUCAAUCAUCGAAUUCGUCUUGUUAUAUUUACGUCUUAUGAAACCUCUUGGUGUGUCUGUGCUUCGAUCCGCAAGACUUUUAAGAAUUUUCAAAGUCACGAAGUACUGGACCUCACUCCGAAACCUCGUUUCCUCAUUGUUGAACUCGCUUAGGUCAAUUAUUUCACUCUUGCUUCUACUUUUCCUUUUCAUCGUCAUCUUUGCCUUAUUAGGAAUGCAAUUAUUUGGCGGAAGAUUCAACUUUAAUCCUCAACAACCGAAGCCACGAGCAAAUUUCGACACGUUCAUUCAAUCCCUGCUCACAGUAUUCCAGAUUUUGACCGGUGAAGAUUGGAAUACGGUAAUGUACAACGGUAUUGAAUCACACGGUGGUGUGGGCACUCCAGGCGUGAUUUCUUCCGCAUAUUAUAUUCUUCUGUUUAUUUGUGGUAACUACAUUCUGCUCAACGUCUUCUUGGCUAUUGCUGUCGAUAACUUGGCCGAUGCUGAUAGUUUAACAAAUGCGGAAAAAGAGGAAGAACAACAAGAGUUGGACGGUGAGGAAGAAUACGAGGAGGAAGGUGAAGGUUAUGGUGAAGCCGAUGACAGGAUGGACAUGGAGGAACAAGAAACCGGCGAAGAUUUGGUGACGGCUCGUCCUCGCCGCAUGAGCGAACUGCCGCAGACAACACCGCAUAAGCCGAUACCGAAGGCAUCGUCGCUGUUCAUCCUCAGCCACACGAAUCCUUUCCGGGUAUUCUGUAAUAAGAUCGUGAACCAUUCGUACUUCACCAACAGUGUCCUCGUGUGUAUCCUUGUUUCUUCCGCUAUGUUAGCCGCAGAAGAUCCACUAGAGGCGAACUCAAGCAGAAAUACUGUCCUCAACUAUUUCGACUACUUCUUUACUACCGUAUUCACGAUAGAAAUCACGUUGAAGGUGGUGGUAUUUGGACUAGUGUUUCAUAAGGGAUCGUUCUGUCGUAACGCCUUCAAUCUUCUGGAUAUUCUUGUCGUUGCUGUCUCUCUUGUGUCGUUUGUAUUGAAAUCGGAUGCCAUCUCCGUCGUCAAAAUUCUUCGUGUGCUUCGUGUGCUUCGUCCUCUUCGCGCCAUCAAUCGAGCCAAAGGUCUCAAGCACGUCGUGCAAUGUGUGAUUGUCGCCGUGAAAACCAUCGGAAAUAUUAUGCUUGUCACCUUUAUGCUACAGUUUAUGUUCGCAAUUAUUGGCGUGCAACUUUUCAAAGGAACAUUCUUUUCAUGUAAUGAUCUUUCGAAAAUGACGGAAGCUGAAUGCAGAGGCGAAUAUAUCCACUAUGAGGACGGUGAUCCUACGAAGCCUGUAUCGAAGAAGCGCGUUUGGUCAAAUAACGAUUUCAAUUUCGACAAUGUUGGUGACGCAAUGGUUUCCCUGUUCGUCGUCUCCACAUUUGAAGGAUGGCCUGACUUGCUGUAUGUGGCAAUCAAUUCCAACGAAGAAGAUAAAGGUCCGGUGCAUAACAGUCGUCAAGCUGUCGCUCUGUUCUUCAUAGCUUUCAUUAUUGUCAUAGCGUUUUUCAUGAUGAAUAUCUUCGUCGGUUUCGUUAUCGUCACGUUUCAGAAUGAAGGAGAACGAGAGUACGAGAACUGUGAAUUGGACAAGAACCAGAGAAAAUGCAUCGAAUUUGCACUCAAAGCGAAACCACAUCGUCGUUAUAUACCUAGGAAUCGUUUUCAAUAUCGUGUAUGGUGGUUUGUGACGUCACGUGCUUUCGAAUAUGUGAUAUUCCUGAUUAUCGUGCUGAACACGGUCUCGUUGGCGUGUAAACACUAUCCGUCCGGUCAUCGAUUCGAAUACGUACUGGACAUAUUGAAUUUGGUGUUCACCGGAGUGUUCGCCUUCGAAGCUUUUUUUAAGAUCAUAGCACUAAAUCCAAAGAAUUAUUUCGGCGAUCGAUGGAAUGCGUUCGAUUUUGUCAUUGUCUUAGGUUCAUUCCUCGACAUCACCUACGGAAAGCUGAGCCCUGGCGGCUCAAAUCUUAUCUCGAUCAAUUUCUUCCGCCUUUUCCGUGUUAUGCGGCUGGUCAAACUGUUAUCACGUGGAGAAGGUAUCCGAACGCUUCUGUGGACGUUUAUGAAAUCGUUCCAGGCACUGCCGUAUGUCGCAUUGUUGAUUGUGCUGCUCUUCUUUAUCUAUGCGGUUAUUGGGAUGCAGGUAUUCGGCAAGGUAGCAUUGGACGACGCCACACAAAUACAUCGUAACAACAAUUUCCAUUCAUUCUUUGCUGCUGUGCUUGUCCUUUUUAGAUCUGCUACCGGUGAAGCUUGGCAAGAAGUGAUGUUGUCGUGUUCGGAUCGAGAAGAUGUCCGCUGUGAUCCGUUGUCGGAUGACUAUAAACGAGAUAAGGAAGCUCGUUGUGGAGUCAAUUUUGCGUAUCCAUACUUCAUCUCCUUCUUCAUGCUGUGUUCUUUCCUGGUCAUCAACUUAUUCGUGGCUGUUAUUAUGGAUAACUUUGAUUACUUAACCAGAGAUUGGUCAAUAUUGGGUCCACAUCAUUUGGAAGAAUUCGUACGUCUCUGGUCCGAAUACGAUCCUGAUGCGAAAGGACGAAUUAAACAUCUCGAUGUUGUAACACUACUUCGAAAGAUCUCACCACCUCUUGGUUUUGGAAAAUUGUGUCCGCAUAGGUUGGCGUGUAAGCGUCUCGUCUCAAUGAACAUGCCGCUCAACUCAGAUGGUACUGUUUGCUUCAACGCAACUCUAUUCGCACUUGUUCGAACUAACCUGAAGAUCUACACUGAGGGAAACAUUGACGAGGCAAACGAACAACUUCGAUCCGCAAUCAAACGAAUAUGGAAGCGAACACCGGCGAAGAUGCUCGACGAAGUGGUUCCACCGGCAGGAAAAGAGGACGAUGUGACAGUUGGGAAGUUCUACGCGACCUUCUUAAUCCAGGAUUACUUCCGUCGUUUCAAAAAAAGAAAAGAACUCGAAGCUAAAGGUAUUAUGCCAACGCAUACGCCUCAAGCAAUGGCAUUGCAGGCUGGACUUCGAACUCUGCACGAAAUUGGACCAGAACUUAAGCGAGCCAUAUCCGGAAACCUUGAGACAGAUUUCAAUUUCGAAGAUCCAGAACCGCAGCACAGACGAACACAUUCCUUGUUCAACAAUAUUGUGAAUCGUAUCGCUGGUGCUCGUUCGCCUUCCGAUCACGGAGACCGAGAGUCACGCCACUUCUCGCCUAGCAAUUCGCUAAGUGCCAUUGAAGCGAGUCCGAUGCUCACGUCUGCACCACGUCCAGUACCUGCUCCGAUGCAACCGGCUAACGGUGGUGCUAGGAGGUUACCUUCCUUACCUAAUUACGUCAAUCAUGUCCGGGAUGAGACUUUAAGUGCAAGAAUUAAUGAACAACCGAUUGGACUGGACGGAAACAGUCGUCUGCUCAUGGCUAAUAGGAGCAAUCCGGCGGAUCCUGAAGACGAGGAACAAUGGAUCGGACGGCGUACACGGCAUGGAGACCGUCGCGCCCUUCCACCACUCCGCGAGCCUCUAAUUAUGGCUCGAAGCCAGGCGCUAGCUCUUGCUGGAAUGCCAUCAGAGGCUUAUGAGGGAACGUACCGGCCAGUUCCUGAAGGGAAGUCACUGAAUCUGCCUUUCAACCGAGAUGAUGAAACUCGACCGGCGGAUAGGUUGGUUGGACAAGCGCUAGGUCUUGGAAGGUACAUGGACCGCCGCGUAGUCGGCGCUGCACGACGCGAGAUCGGAGAAGCAUUUGCACUCGAUGAUCGUGAGAUGGAUAUGGCUGCUGAUUCACUCGCACCUCAGUUUAUGCAACAUGUAGGUAUGAAUGAAAUGCGUGAUUACAACGAGUAUUCGCGUUCGGGUUUACUCCGGCCGGCUGCACAACCAUCGCAGGAAAGCGCAGGAUCACAGGAGGACUUACUUCUUGUCACCACCCUCUAG